GGCCGUCCCCUCUAACGCACCAGGACCCUGGGCACACGGGAAGCGGGAGGGCCGAGUCCUGGCGAGGGCGGACUCCGGUGCAGUCCCAGAAGCAGCUGUCUGAUGCUUCUUGGAGAGAUGGCUUCCCAGGGCCUGCCUGUGCAGGCCUGCCCUGCGAGCUGGGACAUGCCUGGCCCCCAGGGACGGCCGGGGGGUGACGAUGGCCACAGUGGCGGAGGGGCUGGAGCCCGAGGCAGCUGCCACGGGAGAUGCUGCAGGAGCGGCGGCGGUGGAUGCCGGGCCCGGGGCGGCUCCUCUCCUGGCCGGCAAGCAGCUGAGCUUGGACCUGUACCCCGCGGGCUGCCAGCGACUGCUGCACCUGUGCGCCCAGCCGUCGCAGCUGCUGCAGGUGGAGUUCCUGCGGCUGAGCACCCACGAAGACCCUGGGCUGCUGGAGGCCGCCCUGGCCCGGGUGCCUGCACACCUGCCCCGCCUCCGCUCCCUGGUCCUCAAAGGAGGGCAACGCCGGGACAAGCUGGGUGCCUGCCUCCCGGGCACCCUGACCUCGCUGCCGGCCGGGCUGAGUGGCCUGGGCCGCCUGGCCCACCUGGACCUGAGCUUCAACAGCCUGCAGACACUGCCGGCCUGCGUCCCACACAUGCGCGGCCUGGACGCCCUCCUGCUGUCCCAUAACCGCCUCUCGGAGCUGCCUGAGGCCCUGGGAGCCCUCCCUGCCCUCACUUUCCUCACUGUGACCCACAACCGGCUCCGGGCGCUGCCCGUGGCGCUGGGGGCACUGUCCACCCUGCAGCGCCUCGACCUGUCUGAGAACCUGCUGGACUCCCUGCCCGCCGCCAUCGGGGGCCUGAGCCGCCUCUCUGAGCUCAACCUGGCCUCCAACGCGCUGCAGAGCGUCCCGGCCUCCCUCGCCCGCCUCCGGUGCCUGCGGCUGCUGGUCCUGCACAGCAACCGCCUCACCUCCGUGCCCGCUGACCUGGCCGGCCUCCCGCUGCUCACCCAGCUUGACCUGAGGGACAACCAGCUCCGGGCCGUGCCCCCUGAGCUCCUGGACGCCUCCUUCGUGCGUCUGCAGGGGAACCCCCUGGGCGAGGCCCCAGCAGCCUCCCCGAGUCCCCCAGGGACCCCCACGGAUCCGGAGAUGCCUAGGCUGCUCCUGACCUCGGACGCGGACAGCUUUCCCGUCACCCCGUGGGGCUGCUCCGUGACCCUGGCCCGUGGUGUCCGCCUGCUGUUCCCGGCCGGGGCCACCACCGCCCCCGUCACCAUCCACUACCAGCUGUGGCCGCCGCGGCCGGGCCUCGUCUCGCUGGGCCCUCACGACUCCCUGCUCAGCAGUGUCCUGGAGCUGCGGCCCCAUGGGCUGACCUUCUGGCAGGAUGUAAGCCUGUGGCUGCUCGUUGUCCCCCCACGGACCCGGCUCUGCCGUGAGGUGGUGGUCAGGACCCGGAGCGACGGCAGCUGGAGCGACCUGGAGACCUUCCUGGAGGAAGAGGCGCCCAAACGGCUCUGGGCCCGCUGCCAGGUGCCCCACUUCUCGUGGUUCCUCGUGGUUCUGCGCCCUGUGUCCAAUGCCUGCCUGGUGCCGCCAGAGGGGACCCUGCUUUGCUCCUCGGGCCACCCUGGGGUCAAGGUCACCUUCCCCCCAGGGGCCACCCAGGAGCCUCGUCACGUGUCCAUGCAGGUGCUGCGCAUGGCUGGCCGGGAGCUGCGAGCCCUGCUCGGGGAGCCCGAGGCCGCUGUGAGCCCCCUGCUGCGCCUCUCCCAGAGCGGCCCCACGCCCUUCCUGCGGCCCGUCACCGUGCAGCUGCCCUUGCCUCCUGGCCUCACAGGCCUCGACCUGGACCGUUCCCGCCUGCACCUGCUGCACCGGGCCCCCCCUGAGGCCACAUGGGAUGACAUCACGGCUGCCGUGGCGCUGGAGGUCACCCACCUGUAUGCACGCUUCCAGGUCACACACUUCUCCUGGUACUGGCUCUGGUACACCACCAAAGCCCGCGUGGGGGACCUGGCCCGCAAGGCCUGGGAGCGGCUGCGGCUGCACCGCGUGAACCUCAUCGCACUGCAGAGGCGCCGGGACCCCGAGCAGGUCCUGCUGCAGUGCCUGCCCCGGAACAAGGUGGACGCCACCCUGCAGCGGCUGCUGGAGCGAUACCGAGGCCCCGAGCCCUCCGACACCGUGGAGAUGUUCGAGGGCGAGAAGUUCUUUGCAGCCUUCGAGCGGGGCAUCGAGGUGGACGCUGACCGCCCUGACUGCGUGGAGGGCAGGAUCUGCUUCGUCUUCUACUCACACCUGAAGAACGUGAAGGAGGUGUACGUGACCACCGCCCUGGACCGGGAGGCUCAGGCCGUGCGAGGACAGGUGUCCUUCUACCGGGGCUCGGUGCCCACGGAGGUGCCCGAGGAGGCCGAGGCCGCCCGGCAGAGGAAGGGCGCGGACGCCCUCUGGAUGGCCACUCUGCCCCUCAAGCUGCCGAGACUGCGGGCGCCCAAGGGGCGGGGGCAGGGGGCCAGCCUCUCCCUGGCACCUCUGAACCUGGGUGACGCUGAGAACGGCUUCCUGACUCAGGCCAACCUGCUGAGCGUGGCCGGGCGCCUCGGUCCUGACUGGCCCACCGUGGCCCUGCACCUGGGCCUGCCCUACAGGGAGCUGCAGCGCAUCCGACACGCCUUCCGGGAUGACCUGGACGGGCAGAUCCGACACAUGCUGUUCUCCUGGGCGGAGCGCCAGGCCGGGCAGCCAGGGGCCGCGGGGCUGCUGGUGAGGGCGCUGGAGCAGAGCGACCGGCGGGACGUGGCCGAAGAAGUCCGGGCGGUCUUGGACCUUGGCCACCGCAAGUACCAGGACAGCAUCCGGCGCACAGGCCUGGCCCCCGAGGACCCCCCGCUGCCGGGCCCUCCAGCGUCACAGGCCCUGGCCUAGGCCUGGCCGGCUUGGGCUGGACAGAGCCCCCAGCGCCCGGCCUCUCUGUGGUCGUGUGUGCAACAAAUACAGACGGUUCCAUCUGCC